UUAAAUUUGGCGCUGAUGCGUUGCGUCUGGCGCAAGCGCACUGUUAUAGGACGCAAAUAAAACGAUUCAAAGUUGAGUAAAGUGAGAUAUUAGAACACAGGGUCCAUUUUUUACAAUUAAAGACAAGUCCCUUGUCUUAAAAUUGAGGUUAUAAUGUCUGCAGUCACCCCAAAUAAAAACGAAAUUGAUAUCCAAAGACUACCCGUAAACUCCGAAGAGCACAUUUUUCAUGAUUGGGUGAUAAAGUACAAAAAAUCGCAUAUUCUACACUCGAUUUGUACGAGUGCAGAAAAAUGCAAAGACCUGUCACAAGAACCUUGUUUACUUUGCUUAUACACCCGAACUCUGGAUAUCCCGCAUUUGCCUGAAAUGGUGUUUCCAAAUAAUGUUUUAACUCUUACACACAGUUCAGGGGGGCAAAUUGAGUUUAAUGCUUUGGAUGCGCUUAAAACUGUCGCCAAUGGAAAACUGCCCAUAAAAGUGGCUUGUUCCGAGGAGUGGAGUGAGUCAAGGCCACCUGAGCAUUUGAGCCAAAAAAUUAAACCGUUUGAUUGGACGUUUAGCAAUGAUUAUAAAGGGACAAUCACCGGUCCUGUGCAAGUAGUGCCAACUGAGGAACGGAUCAAUAUUGAGAAACUAAAGGAAAAGGAAAAGAUUUUGUUCUAUCAAGAGUUAAUGCUUUAUGAGGAUGAGUUACACGAUAAUGGGAUUUCUUCAUGCACUAUAAAAAUCCGAGUAAUGCCCAGUUCUUACUUCAUUCUCCUCAGAUUUUUUCUAAGGGUAGAUAACGUUAUGUUAAGAGUAAAUGAUACCAGGCUUUACCACGAAUUUAGCACAAACUACAUCCUGAGGGAAUUCACAAACAAGGAAUGCGCGUUUGGGGAUGUCGAGUUACCACUGAAUGUUUUUGGAAACCCAAAUGUCUUAUCCCCCCAUAUGCCUGUAAGGACUGCAGUUAACGAGAAAUUGAUUUUUGGUGAAUGUAAACCACCAACAGAAGGGGCCGCAGAUCAGUGUUCCAUGCAAAGUACCAGCAAAAACGACUAAUUUUCUGUAAAUAAGUGCAUUUAAUAAAUUAUUUUUUGAAAUUCAAAA